CAAGACUCCUCUCUGAAACCCUGCCCACAUUUGUAUUGUUUGCUCUGCAGAGAACAUCACGCCUUUAAAUAUUAUUCCCUCCCGUCCUCCUCUCUUCAUCCUACUCCAGCACUCCAAAAGACUGAAGAGUCAAAGGGAUAACGAUCGCUGAACACCGAGGAAAGCGGUCAGUUUUGUAGACUGGCUGCACCAAUAGCACAUUGCUAUAUUCGUGGUCGACUUUCUCCUCCCAGCACCUCAGCACUCUUGUGUGAGAAUUGCAGCGAUUGUCCAGCUGGUCACUAGCCUUGGAAAAGCUGUUAUCCGAAUACUGCGCGGAAAGAGGGUGGCGAAGAAGAGCGAGUAGGCUGAAGAUACAAGUUUGUUGGAAAAUAAUAUAUAUUUCAUUUGGAACAUUUUUAAGUUUAGUUCACAAUGUCUCUGUCUGUACCCCAUAAUGGAAUCAAGGCGGAUAACGAACCCGUUAUCGAGCUCUUUGUGAAGGCGGGAAGUGAUGGCGAGAGCAUUGGGAACUGCCCCUUCUCCCAGAGACUCUUCAUGAUCCUGUGGCUGAAGGGAGUGGUCUUCAACGUCACCACAGUGGACCUGAAGAGGAAGCCUGCAGACCUCCAGAACCUGGCCCCAGGCACACACCCUCCCUUCAUCACCUUCAACGGGGAGGUCAAGACAGACGUCAACAAGAUAGAGGAGUUCUUGGAGGAUGUCCUCAGCCCACCUAAGUUCACCAAGCUUAGUGCCAGACACCCUGAGUCCAACACAGCUGGGAUGGACAUCUUUGCCAAGUUCUCAGCCUUCAUCAAAAACUCAAAACCCAAUGCCAACGAAGGUCUGGAGCGUGGGCUGUUGAAGACCCUGCAGAAGCUGGAUGAGUACCUGCGCUCCCCACUGCCCGACGAGAUCGACCACAACAGCAUUGAGGACGUCAAGACCUCCACUCGCAAGUUCCUGGAUGGUGACAACAUGACACUGGCUGACUGCAACCUUCUUCCCAAGCUGCACAUCGUCAAGGUGGUGACCAAGAAGUACAGAGGCUUUGACAUCCCCAAGGACAUGAUAGGUAUCUGGCAGUACCUGCAGAAUGCCUACACACACGAGGAGUUCACCAACACCUGCCCCAGUGACAAAGAGAUCGAGAUCGCCUACCAAGACGUGGCCAAGAGGCUGAUCAAAUAGGCCCCCCCCUUACACCCAACACUGGGACUGGUCUGUUUAGACACGAGAAAGAAAACUAUGGACUACCUUUCCUUCUCUCCUAAUUUAGAGCAAACACAAUGCAUGAGCUCCUUUGUUCUUACUUUUCCCUUUUAUUUUUGGAGAUCUCUUGAGUACAUGAAGCAGCUCAGAAAGUUUACUGACGGUCCAUUGUUUAUAACUUUUUUUUAGGUUUUCUCUUUGAUAUGAUGAUUUGAAUGGCGAUCUCUCAGAUCAGAUGCAGGCUGGUGUUUAUCAGAGCUUAUCAGUGUUGGAGGGCAAUCUAAACACACUCCUUAUGAAGUGGCCUUCCGGCUGACCCACUGUCUCCUCAUGGGAAUAUGGUCACAACCUGUGUUUUUCCAUUCAGCUGUUCAAUAUUAAUUUGCUUUUUAGGCUUGCAAUGAAUGUGAAAAUUACAAGGCUGAAAUUGUGUUUUGUGUUUUGGCUACAGAGUUGAUUUAUGCAGUGUUGAAAGAUUCAGUGUUUUUGGCUCUAGAGGAUAAAUGAAGGCAGGUUUCACUGCAUGUAGACAGACGCUAGGCCAAACCACCGAGUUUGACAUACUGGUGCGAUAUGCUUCAUUUUACUGUUGCGUUGCUUAAGUCAAUUGCAACAACUAUAAUAGAAGUAAGGCUACAUCUUUUCCAGGCUCUGAUACCAUUUUCCUCCUUGACCUUAUGCUGAGCUCAGUCAGGGCUUUCCGAGAUGUACCUGUAGCAGGUGCUUGGAUGAGAUGUUUUCAGCUCAGGACAAUGGAACCUGAGUUUAAUGAAAUAUGUAGCAAUGAAAUAUUAGAUCAUAUCUAGCAGGAAAAAACAACCAUUUAGACUUCAUCACUGCAUUGCCUCACAUCACUGCUCCAUAUAGACACUGACACUCUGGGCAGUGAAGCUCUAUUUUACCAGAAAUAACAUCUGUUUUUUAUUUUCUCCUGUAAAGCAUGAAGAGAAGUCUUUAGCUUGUGUUGUUCUGGCAGCAGUGGUAGCUUAUAUUAUACUUCAGCCACCAAAAAGGGCACAUUCAUUCUGGUCUCACUGUGGAUUGAAUGACUCCUGCUAUCUAAACUAGUGAAGUAUAGAAACCACACACUUUCUCUUUCUCCCAUAGAAUACAGAGGAACGGUAAUGUGCAUCAGGGAAGAUGACACUAAAGAUAUUUAUGAGAAAAGGAAUCGGGGAGAGGAGAAUGGUAAUAUAAUGAAUAUCGUGUAGGAUUUCAUUUUCUCAUUAUUUCAAAUGCUCUCAAAAGGUAGUGAAUGUAUUCUUUCAUAGUUCCAAAAUGCUUUAGUGUGGAUAAAGCAAAAAUAUAUAUUGUUUUUUUUAUCUCCUCGUGUUUUGCCGCCAUCUUUUCAGACAUUUGUUGUAAUACACAUUUCAUAAAAGGAAUUGUAAAUAUUUGUUUUGAUUAUUCAGAAUUCAAUGUGUACAUUUUGUACACUUAUUAGUUUGAUUUUGGGGAAAAUAGGCAUUUUUUACCUGCUUGGGUUUUAAUACUAGAAGACAUCUCCUUUGGCCUUUUUUAUUUUCUCCUGCGCAGGUUUCCAAAAUCACUGUAAUGACGUGUAUGUCAAUGUCAGAAGAAAAGAUCCAGAUUUUUUUUUAACAAUAUUGAUUUUAUUGAAAUAAACCUCUUAUUGGCA